CUCCUCUUUCCGGUUCUCCCAAUCUCGCUCGAAAUUAUCCCUUUUUCUUUUAGCCACGAACCAGGCGCGAGGCGUUCCGAGGAGAAUGUGAUUACAUGCGUUACGCAUGCCAGAAGCGCUCAUUGUUCCGUGUAUAUAAGUUCAAGUUCCGUUUUAUCUCGCCCUUACCUUUUCCCUCUUUUCUCCUUUUUAGUAUGCUACCAGAUACCCCUCCUCCUUACAAGCUUCCAGAGGAGCAUGCUUCGAGAGAGGCGUAUAUAGAUUACACGAUCGAUUUCAUGGCGUAUUUCGCUUACUGGAGCCAAACUGCCGUGUUCAAGAUGCAGCCUCUCGUUCGCAGCACACGUCAGCGAGCUCGUGCCUAUGAUGAAGCAAUUACUCGGUUCAACCAAGAUCCCAUUUUUUCCAGUAGGGAGAUACCAAUUCAACCCACGUCGACGGAUCGUGCUCGACGCGAGAGAUACCUCUCGAGAUGCUUGACCAUGAGCCAAUUUGAGAUCAGCACCGUCGCCGAAGCAAUGCUCGUUUCAGUUUACUGUUCAGCUGCCACUCAGCUACUUGUUCCCGAGCUGGCGUUGCGGUUUGGGAAUGAAGGCAAUGUUGUCGCUCGACUCCUGAAAGGUUCCGAUGAGAAGAGUAUGAGAAUGCUAGGCAUAUAUGACGCAUUCGAGAAAUCUAAUCGUGAGGCACGAGAGCAGGAGACUCUCAGUAAGUGGUUCGAUUACAUUGGCCAGACCUUGCACUAUCGCAAUUCCGAGGGACACAUGGUGUCGUUGGAAAUUCUGGACGGCGAUGAUGACCCCUGUGGCGCCACUUUCACGGUCGAAGAGAAGGUGAAUGGUUGCACACGGAAACUCGAAGACGUGGAGGAGGAACAGCUGGAUGCUUGGCUGCAUGAUCCUGAGGCCCAAGCCAAUUAAUUUGGGUCGCCGUUAACGGCCGUCGUUCGUUCAUGAAACGUUCCAUGUGUGCAUUGUAGUGGAUGUUCUCUUUUGUCUUGUCAUUCCGUUUACCUCGAUGAAGUUUGUCGUUGUGUUUAGCAUUCCGUUGGCUGUGUCUCUCACCACUCGUCCCAAACUGCUCCCUCUCAUGCCGUUGACUCUAUGUAUCAUUUCUCUGUGCAAUCAGAGUGCUGUUAAUGGGAGACAGUAUACCUCAGUCUAUAUGCAUGCUGAACGUUAAAAAAAAGGCAAUGUUACCGCUUUGUCAGUACAACAGCACAACGUACAUGUAAGAUAAACGUAGGGGAUCAUAGAAAGAGCGACAAGUAGAAGAAGAAUAACAAGAGCAAAGUAGGUGCAAAACCACCACCAACAACAAAUCAGAACUUGAACUCUUUCUCUUUCCGGUUGUCUCUUUCUCGCUCAGCCUUUUGCUUCUUCUUCGCCAUCUCCUUGGCAAUCAUAUCCGAGAAGUCUUCCCUGCCACUGGCGCCAGGUACACCAGCAGAACCACGAGCAUGUUGCUCGUAUCGUCUGCGCAGUUCUUCUUCG